UGGUGCACCGCUAUAAUCUAUAAGUAUCCGCACCAUGUACCAUAAAAUCAUUGUAACAAAUUACACAGAUACAAAACCACCACUACUUGAUCAAUAUCAUCAAAAAAACUAAAGUAAAUAAAUUAAGAUGACUAUGAAUGGGAAUGGUCAUGGUCAAGAACAUCACGCUGCUGCUGCUGAUUACCACGUUGAUGUCUCUUACCUUUCUGAAAAUGCAAACUUGGGUAAGUUAAUAUGUAUUCCAAUGGCACUGAGAGCUGCAAUGGAGUUAAACGUCUUCCAGAUAUUUUCAAAAUUCGGGCCGGACGCAAAGGUUUCCGCUUCUGAAUUAGUCUCUAAAAUACCGAAGGCAUCCGGUAACCCUGACGCAGCCAUGUAUUUAGAUAGGAUUCUCCGAUUACUCGGUGCAAGCUCAAUUCUCUCUGUCUCUACUAGAAUGAACAGUACCGGAGAUCAUGCAGUAGUACCGGAGAGACUGUAUGGAUUAACGAGUGCAUCGUAUUGUUUAGUGCCUCGAGAAAAAGAUGAAGUUUCGCUAGUACCACUCUUGGUAUUGCAAUCUGAUAAGGUUAUCGUUGAUAGUUUUUUCAAACUGAAAGAGAUGGUUAUGGAGAAAGAUGUAGUGCCGUUUGACGCUGCUCAUGGUACUAGCAUCUUCGAGUAUGCUUGUAAAGAGCCAAGGUUGAAUAAGGUUUUCAACGAGGGAAUGGGAGCUUUCUCCGUUGUUGUUUUUGAAGCUGUUUUUAAGUAUUACGAUGGGUUUUCUGGGAUGAAAGAGUUGUUAGAUGUUGGUGGUGGUAUCGGUACUUCUAUUAGAAAGAUUGUCUCGAAAUACCGUUCCGUUCGUGGUAUCAACUUCGACUUGCCUCAUGUCAUUUCUGUUGCUCCUCAAUACCCUGGUGUAGAGCAUGUCGAAGGAGACAUGUUUGAAGAAGUCCCCAAGGCUCAAAACAUGCUGCUCAAAUGGAUACUUCACGAUUAUGACGAUGAACGUUGCGUGAAGUUGUUGAAGAACUGCUGGAAUUCGUUACAAGUGGGUGGAAAAGUUAUGAUAAUUGAGUUUGUUGUUCCUGACAGACUUGUCAACAAUGCAGAGUCGUUCAACGCGUUGAACUCUGAUUUGAUUAUGAUGGCUCUGAAUCCAGGCGGUAAAGAACGGACAGUUUCCGAAUUUAACGAUUUAGCCGAUGCAGCUGGAUUCGUGAAGUGUGUACCUUUCUUGAUCUCUGAAGGACUUCAUCUCAUUGAGUUUCAUAAAUGAGUCAUUUGAAAUUUCUCACCAAGACGAGUUGAGAGAAUUUCGAUGAAGCUCACAAGCUAGCAUAAGAGAUACCUCAAUUUGCUUGGUUGGAAAGCAUGGAGCAGUUAGAGAUCAUAUGGUUUAAGGAUUUCGUGAUUAGCUUGCUUCAUCUUCAUGUUCAUGAUCAUUUGUCGUCUUAGCUUGUUUUUUUUUUGUUUUUUUUUUACGAGAGAUAAACCCAACUGGGAUUAAUCCAGUGGGCUUAGCGGGCUGACUCUUGAGGUUAAAGGUAAGGAGGAGAAUCCUGUGCCUUGCUCCCAAUUAAUUUAGCCCCUGAAUGAUGUUUAAGUAGUUGUUCUUGCAAGUGUGAUUAUAUGAGAAUUUUCCGCGCA